AUGUUCUCCAUCGACAGCCAUCCGAUGUGGAUCUACGCCGUCGACGGCGCCUUUGUCGAGCCGAUACCCGUGGACGCCAUCCCGAUCCAGAAUGGGGCACGAUUUUCCGUUCUCAUUAAGCUGCAAGAUUUCGGCAACUUCAACAUGAGGGUGUCCUCGAUCGGACCAUCACAGUCCAUCAGCAACUAUGCUGUUCUCUCAUACCACGACAGACUGAUGAGGUCGUUCCCGCCAGCCCCUGUUUCGCAGACCGCCGAUAGCACUUUCGUCCUUACCAUGAUCGUGGCCGGGCAGACGUACCUCUGGGCUCUGAACAACACGAUUUAUCCCCUGACACACCAGACGGAGAAGCCUCUACUCUUCAACCCACAGCCAUAUAUAAGCAACAAUGUGACCAUCUCCACACUGAACAACACCUGGGUUGACCUCGUGUUCGUCACCUCGACCUUCCCACAGCCGCAACACCCGAUGCACAAGCACGGCGGAAAGAUGUUCAUGAUCGGCUCAGGAACCGGGCCGUUCCCCUGGGCCACGGUAGCCGAGGCGGCGGCGGCCCAACCGGCAAGCUUCAACUUCGUCAACCCUCCCAGGAGAGACACGUUCGCCACGGCUUCCACAUCCAACAACACGGCGUGGUUGGCGGUCCGGUACUACAGCAACGACCCCGGAGCUUGGUUUUUGCACUGCCACCUUUCAUCGCAUCUUGACGGCGGCAUGUCGGUGGCCAUCCAGGAUGGUGUGGAUGUCUUCCCCACCGUGCCCGCCGAGUAUCUGAACUUCUAA